GUCGCGAGGAGGAGGAAGGUUUAGGCGGAAGCGACGAGGAAGCGGUUCAGUCUGAGCCGUUCAUUCGCGCCGGGCCGGACCACCAGGCUGCUUUCGACGGAUUCCACGGGGGGCUUUGACUCGGCACAAAAUGAGAGAAUCUGCCAUGAAGAGGUCAAUCGGGUCACUGGCUCAUGGAUGAUGAAAAGAUAAUUGGGCCGUAACAACACAAGACGGUUACCAUGCUUCAAGGGAUUCGGGAGAUGGGCUUGCACGCCAUGGAUAUCUAUGACUACCUCGUGGGAGGAUUUGAUCCACGGCUUAAGGACUAUGUACUGAUGCAGAGUCCCAUUCACAUGUCCACGAUACUGCUGUGCUACCUGUUCUUCGUACUGUACCUCGGACCUCGCCUAAUGGCCAAUCGCAAGCCAUUCCAGCUAAAGGAAGCCAUGAUAGUCUACAACUUCCUGCUGGUGGCACUGUCGAUAUUCAUCGUCUAUGAAUUCAUGAUGUCUGGUUGGGUCACAACAUAUAACUGGAGAUGUGAUCCUGUUGAUACCUCAAACAGUCCUGAGGCUCUUCGAAUGGUGCGCGUGGCCUGGCUGUUCUGGUUCUCAAAGAUUAUUGAGCUUAUGGACACAAUCUUCUUUGUGUUGAGGAAAAAGCACGGCCAGAUCACCUUCCUCCACAUCUUUCACCACUCCUUCAUGCCCUGGACAUGGUGGUGGGGAAUUUGCUAUGCUCCUGGGGGAAUGGGAUCCUUCCAUGCCAUGGUGAAUUCUUCCGUCCACAUCAUCAUGUACUUCUACUAUUUCCUCGCUGCGGCUGGACCGCGCUUCCAGAAGUUUUUGUGGUGGAAGAAAUACAUGACCGCCAUUCAACUCAUCCAGUUUGUCCUGGUAUCUCUCCACGCUACCCAGUAUUACUUCAUGGACAGCUGCGACUACCAGUUCCCCAUGAUCCUCCACCUCAUCUGGAUUUAUGGCACCUUCUUCUUUGUGCUCUUCUCCAACUUCUGGAUCCAGGCUUAUGUGAAGGGUAAGCGGUUGCCCAAACAGGACAUUAAGCAGAGUCAGAACGGCUCGGCUGUGCACAGUAACGGCAAACACCACGAGAACGGCAAGGGCGCCAACUACGGAGCCUCCAACGGCACCAAUAGCUCCGCUCACCACGAGAACGGCAGCGCUCACGUGAGCAAGAUGAAGAAGGCGUAGGCUCUCAGGUAGAAAACUCCCCAAAAAGUAUGACCAACGAACCUGUUAAAAUUACUACAGAUUCCAAAGAUAAUUUUGGUUUUUUUCUUUUCCUGAUUUUAAUUUUUAUAUGUAAAACAUGGGCAAAAGACGGGGUCAAUGAUUUCCACAGUUGGGGUCUCACAUUUGGUUGGUUUGUUUUUGAGUUGUUGAACCAUGUUGAACGAUGUAUGAUGAGAAGAUGUUUUAAAUGCCAUCUUUACUGAUGUUGCAGACGACCUCCUAGUUCUGUCACACCGGUGACCUUUCACCCAACUUCCCUUCACUACUUAUAUCUCGACCCCCCCUGUGGACAGAUGACUGUACAGUUUAUUUCAAACUUGAAAAAAAACUUUUGUAAAUACUUUUACAACAAACAAUAACUAAUUAUAUUGGUAUGCUUUAGACUUUCUAAAUUUUGUUACAUUGUGUAUUUAAAAUAAAAUAAAUGCCAAUAAAUUUCAAUUUAAAUUA